AUGGAGGACGCUCUCUCGGCUCUCGACCAAGUGCUCGCCUCGGCUAGUCCCUUGGACACGGAUCUGCUGGCCACCAUCGUGCGCGUGGCCUGCAUCUGCAUUGACGAGCGCUCACCGACUGAGAACUUGGCCCAAGGGCUCAAGUGGGUGCGUGUGGCGCUGAGCCUUGAGCCGCGUGACCCACAUGCGCUGCUCCUCGAGGCUCGCGCACUCGAUCGGCUCGACCAGCGGUUUGCGACCGCCAGCCCGCAGCGCCUCGGACUCGCCAUUGCGCGGCUCAAGGAGGUGAUCCGAAGCGGCGUCGAGCCGUACUGCGCCGAGGCUCGGGCGCUUCUGCAUCAGGCCACGGCGUCCGAGCUGCUGCCAUCGGACAGCUUGCGUGCUCGCCACCUACGGAGGCUCAAGGAGUUUGUGGCCAACGAGCAGGCGGCGGUACAGCGCAAGGGUGACUCGCCGAUCAAGGAAAUGAAGGGCAUGACGCUCAAGGGGCUGGGGCUCAAGGGCGAGGACGGCGAGGUGAGCGUGCUCGAGGCACUUGCGAAGCUGCGUGCGGGCGAGGGCAUCCCGCUCACUAAGCCCAAAGCGAAGAAGCUCGUCUCCUUCCUCCGCCUCGUCGACGACCGGCCCGAGCCGCCCUCGCGCGCCUUUCUCGACGAGUACGCCGCCUCCCGCCGCUCGCUCGGCUGCCUCUCGCUCGUCUCGUGGAACGCCAAGAUGCUCAACGUGACCGACCAGCGGGACGAAGACUGGUUGGCGGCGGCGGCCGAGAAGGCGCGCAACAUCGGCGCGCGCGCGUGUGCGCCGGACGUGCAGGCCGACCUGGUUUGCAUCCAGGAGGCGCCUGGCCCGCAGCUCGCGGCACGAGGCGGUGCGGGGGCGAGGGAGGCGGUGUCCAAGGCGGGCGAGCAGCACGUGUUCUGCUACGACGCCCACGCGCUGCGGCUUGUGCGCCCGCCCUACGAGCUGCCGCCCAGCGCGGCCGACCGCGCCGCCGGCUCCGGCUUCCACCGCGCUCCCGCGCUCUGCGAGUUCGAGGUGCGCAAGCCAGAGAGCAGCUUGUGCGGCGCGCGGCUCCUCGUCGCCACGGUCCACCUCAAGUCGGGCGGCGAGGAGCCGACCGUCGCCGAGGUCGCGGCGCUGGCGCGUGCGCUGCGCGACCAUAGGGUGGCGGCGGUGCUGCGCGAGAACGGCUUCGCGAUGCGGCCCUGCUUCGACGAGGACGCGCCGACCAACCUGUGGCGCUUCGUCGGCCGCGGGGCCAUCUCCGAGGGCAAGCAGUACGACUCGGCACAUUGGUGGGAGCACCCGCCUCGCAAGAAAGCCGCGUACGACGGCGUGCGCGAUGCGGGCGGGCAUUGCGCGGGGGCGAGGCGCGGUAUGCAUGCAACGGGGCAGGUGCUGGCAGUGGCAGAGGUGGACGCCGCCUACGAAGAGAUGCAGCGCGUGGCUGCCGCGAUCGACUCGACCUCGCGUGUCGCGGCACGUGCUCUCGGCGGGCUGGGAGCCGCCGAUGCGACGCGCGUCGAGAGGAAACCCGAGACGGACUCCCAGCCAGCCGACGGUGUGCCGGGCUGGCUCCGUCAGCAGUAUCGCAAGGCGCUGGCGAAAGUGUGGAGCGACCACAUGCCGAUCGCGGUCAGAUUUGUCUAA